CACGGUCGCCUAUAUCGUUUUUCACGAUGAAGGUGAACAUCUCUUAUCCGGCCACUGGCUGCCAGAAGCUGAUAGACAUUGACGAUGAGAAGAAACUACGUCCCUUUUUUGAGAAGCGCAUGGCGACAGAAAUGAGCGCAGAAAGCCUUGGAAAUGAGUGGAAGGGCUAUGUUGUGCGCAUCUCAGGAGGAAAUGACAAGCAGGGGUUCCCCAUGAAGCAGGGGGUAUUGACAAACGGACGUGUCAAACUUCUGUUGUCCAAAGGUCAUUCGUGCUUCCGCAUGAGGAGGAACGGAGAGAGGCGCAGAAAGUCUGUACGAGGCUGUAUCGUGGACAGUAACCUCAGCGUUCUCUGUCUGGUCAUUGUCAAGAAAGGUGAGGAUGAAAUACCUGGCCUGACCGACAAGACUGUGCCCCGACGUCUUGGCCCCAAAAGGGCAAGCCGAAUCAGGAAGCUGUUCAACCUGGGCAAAGAGGAUGACGUCCGUCAGUAUGUUGUGAGGAGACCGCUGCCCCCUAAAGAAGGUAAGAAAGCCCGCACGAAGGCCCCUAAGAUUCAGCGCCUGGUCACACCUGUUGUCCUCCAGCGCAAGCGCCACAGGCUGGCCAUGAAGCGGCGUCGUUCUGCUCAGAAACGCGAGGAUGCAGCUGAAUAUGCUAAACUUUUGGCGCAGAGAAUGAAGGAGGCUAAAGAAAGAAAGCUUGAGCGCAGACGAUCCGCCUCCGCAUCAAAGAGCAGAGAUUCAAUCCGAGAAUCUACGUCAAAAAAAUGAAGCUCUUGUAACUACUAGGGGAAAUAAAAAAAUAAUUCGAAUCAGGCUGGAA